CAACCUCCACCAUAUCAACAACAUAUUUCAUCACCAAAUCAACAACAACAAAUGUACCAACAGCAGCAUGCUUCUCUUAUUAAACAACAAGUAGUUCAUCAACAAAUAUCCCAUCAACAUCAUCAACAAAAUGUAACGGCUUUUAUGGGAACUGGUGAGGGUAUUGGCAACAAUAAUGUACUUCUUCAUAAUCAACAAAUUGGUGCCCCUUCACGUUUCUCACCUCAUCCAUCUCCUCAACAACAACAGCAACAACAUUUGACGCCUUCUAACCAACAAAGGCACCCAUCUUCCUCAACUAUAUCACCUGAAUAUUUAAACUAUCAACAACAACAACUUAAACUUCCUCCACCUUGUUAUGGUCAAUCUCCACAAGUUGUCGCUAAUAAUUAUUCUCAAUACCCAGCGGGUUUUCAACAACAACAGCAGCAUCAACAAAGAGCAGCAACGUUUCAAUCUCCAACAGAGAACCUUAUUCAAUCGCAGCAACAAUCACAUCAAAAUUCUUCUUCGGAAAAAAUUAUGCGACCUGCACAAAUCGUUGCACAUGGAGCACCAGGCGGCUUUUCAUCUCCCGAAUAUACUUCAAACUUUAAUUUAUCAAAUUGUGCAAAUGUUCCUGCUCAUAUGAUGUAUAAUCAACAAAUUUCUCACCAACAAUUACCUCCACAGAGACCACAACAAAUGUUACAGCAUGGAAUAAUUCAACAGCAACAACAAAUACCUUCACAAGCACUUGCUCAAUCUUUAGUUCAACAACAUGUUAUUGUAACACCUACUGGAAAUCCUGUAAAUCCAGAAAUUUGUUUAACUGGUUGUGUUUUUUUAUUAAUUGAUGAUUGUAAUCCUCAACUUGUUGACAGUUAUCAACUUUCCAGUGUUAUUCGUUUUUAUGGAGGUGAUGUUGAAUCAAGCAAUCCACGUGGUAUUCCUGAGCGUAUUACUCAUAUUGUUUGUUCUAGUUGGUUUGAUAAUAAACAACUUUUAAUUGGUGCAUUGGCCACUGUUGGGGAAUUUAUUGAUAAACAUCGAAAUCGUCGUUUUCAGCGUAAAGCUCAACGUAUAGUAACUUUACAUUGGUUAAACGAUACAAUAGGAAAAAGACUAGUUGAGCAGCCAUCAAAAGCUGCUCAUUUGCCAGGAUUUUGGAGUGUUUUAAACCCAAAUCCAGAAAUUUCUUCAAAAAUAAUUUCUUUUCAUGGAUUUGACCAAAAUGACUCCAACGCAAUAAAAUAUAUGAUACGUUCAAUGGGUGCUUAUUGUGUACCGUUUAAUUCAAAAACUGAUUUUCUUGUUAUUAAUAAAAGUUCAUUGACAGACCAAAUAAUUGAAAAAUCUCAUUCGUUCAACACUCAACUUGUCAAUUAUAAAUGGCUUUUUGAAUUAUAUUUUGGAAAUAUUAAUGUUCUUGUUCCAACAGAAGCUCAACGUUAUUUUCCUGAAGCUGAAACUUUAUUAACUUGUGUUACAAUUUCUCCCUAUUAUUUGGGAAAAAUGAGUGAAUUUUGUUCUAGAUUGAUGGCUCCUUGGAAUAUACAAAUUCCAGUUAAAGAUGAGAUUAUUAAUUCUGCAUAUUUAAUGAAAAGAACAAUUUUUCAAGAUGUCAGUGUUUUCCCUGAAAAACUUUUUAGAUUAACCGAUAAUGCACCAACUGAGGAACAAAUAUCAAAAGCAAUAGAUGUAAUUUCUGCUAGCAAUAAAGAACCUAUAAAUAUUUUUGUUCUAUUUGAUGGAUUCACAGGCGAACAAGUUGAUAAUAUGUCCAAAAAAGUUAGAUUUUUGGCAGCAAAAGUAGUUGAGUCGCCCAAUGAAUGUACUCAUUUUGUAACUAGUUCUCUUAGAAAAUGCGUCAAUUUGGUUACAUGUAUCGCUUUGGGAAAACAUAUUGUUUCUCCUUAUUGGGUGGAAACAAGCUUCAAAUGUUUACAGUUUGUCGAUCCUCUCCCUUUCUUUGUCAAGGAUCGUGAAAAUGAAAGAAAAUAUUGUUUCAGUUUAAAAGUUUCUGUUCUUCGUGCAAGACAACGUAAAAUAUUUAAGAAUAUUAUUUUCCAUAUUGGUCAAGGAACUCAACCUUCUUUUGGAAUUCUCCGUCAACUUGUUGAAGCAGCUGAUGGUAGAGUUGUAGAAGAAAAACCAACAAAAAAAGAAUUGAUUGAAUAUAUGCAGAAUGACCAAACAUAUUUUAUUGUUUGUAAUCAUAAUGAUCUAGUCUUUUAUCAAUACCUUAUUAAUUGCAAUUUUCCAAUUUUCAACGAGGAUUUCAUCAUAAUGUCAAUUUUACGUCACAAAAUUGAUCUCUCACCAGAUUUUCAUGCUUAUCAAAGUUUAUCAAUUCAAUCAUUAAAUAUUGGGAAGAAAUGA